UGGGGCGGACGCUGCCGCCUUGCAGCUUCUGUCAGGGGAGCCGGGGUGUGCGAGGGCGGCGGCGGAGGCGGUAGUUGAAGGGGGCGAUCGCUAACUUGCAGAGAGAGGAGGUCCGGGGAAGUGGGCAGCGAUGGUGAUGGCGGCCAAGAAGGGCCCGGGACCGGGUGGUGGCGGGGUCGGCGCGGGGAAGGCGGAGGCGGAGGCGGCCUCGGAGGUGUGGUGCCGCCGAGUACGGGAGCUGGGCGGCUGCAGCCAGGCCGGGAACCGACACUGUUUCGAGUGCGCCCAGCGCGGGGUCACCUACGUGGAUAUCACCGUGGGUAGCUUCGUCUGCACCACCUGCUCCGGCCUCCUGAGAGGCCUGAACCCCCCUCACCGUGUCAAGUCCAUCUCCAUGACCACUUUCACUGAGCCUGAAGUUGUGUUCCUGCAAUCUCGGGGAAAUGAGGUUUGCAGAAAGAUUUGGCUGGGCCUCUUUGAUGCUCGGACAUCUUUGAUACCAGACUCCAGGGACCCUCAGAAGGUGAAGGAGUUUCUCCAGGAGAAGUAUGAGAAGAAGAGAUGGUACGUCCCGCCAGACCAAGUCAAGGGGUCCACUUACACCAAAGGCAGUGCCUCCACCCCGGUCCAGGGCGCCUGCCCGGAGGGGAAAGCCUCACGCUCCCUCCUGGGAGAUCCUGUGCCAUCCUUCUCAGCUGCCACCUCCGCCUCGGGCCAGGCCGUCAGCCAGUCUCAGGCCCGGAGCUCCCAGCCGUCGACCCACUCUGCUGUCAAGAAGGCCAGCAUGGACCUGCUGGCUGACAUUGGGGGGGACCCCUUUGCUGCUCCCCAGGCUGCACCCACCUUUGGUCCAUUCCCGGCCUUUGGGGCAGGCCAGACGCCUUCCCCUGGGGGCUUUGCCAACUUUGAUGCCUUUGGUAGUAGCCCAGCUGCAUUUGGAAGUGUCCCUCCCAUCGGCCAGACCCCCUUCCAGACCCAGCCCACACCCUCAGCCAGCCGGAUGCUAACUGGAAGUUACAGCUUCGGGAGCAGCCAGGUGACUCCAUUCGGGACCACACCUCUUGCCCCUGGCAGUCAUCCAAACAACCUCCCAGAUGUGGGCAGCCUCCUGGGCUCCGGAGCAUCAACUGGGGGUCUCCCUGGCAGCAUCUUUGGGAUGCGUGGCCAGGUCCCCACAUUCCAGUCAGCCACGACUGGUGGUGGCAGCAGCCCAGGGCUUGCCUUUGGGGGCCUCACCAACCCGUUUGCCACCCCUGCUGUUCAACCCCAGCUGCCUUCCACCAACCCAUUCCAGCCCAAUGGCCUAGUCCCAGGACCCGGCUUUGGGAUGGGCAGCGUGGGACCUGGCCUCCCCCAGACAGUGCCUCCCAUGGGCGCCUUUGCCAGCCCCUUCCCACCCCCACUGUUCCCCCAGCCAAGCUUGCUGGCCCAGCAGGAGAAUGGCUCUUCUUUUGGGGACUUGGGAUCUGCCAAGCUGGGGUCCCAGCCGACUGGGAUCUCCACCAAUCCCUUCAUGACUGGACCUGCAUCAAGCCCAUUUGCCUCCAAGCCUCCAACCACCAACCCAUUCUUGUAGCGCUGUGCCUGGGGGCACUGGAGAGGGACAGCUCCUCCCACUUUCUGGGCUUCCCUGUUCCCUAAGAGCUCUGGGGACCACUCACCUGUGGGUCUCUCUGUGGCUCUGAGGAGUGGGGAUCUCAGGAUGGUGGUGGUGCUGGCGCUUCAUUUGGGAUUCACAGAUGGGAAGGGCAGCCCUCACCUUGGGCAGGACGUCCAAGAGGAGCGAGGCAGAGCCCUGCCCAGGAGAGCAAGGACGAUCUGCCUCGUCAUGAGUAAGGAUGAUGCCAACCUUUCCCCACUGCCUGGCCUAAUGGGCAGAAGUGACAGGCACACCAAGCUUGCCCCCAUGCCCAGCUUUCCAGCACAGUGCGGUGGGGGACAACAAGAUAAGGAUAAGGAUAAGGUGUGGUGCUCACGUGAGAUGGUGGCCAGGCAGCCCCCUGGCCCCUGGCACCUAGCGCAGCUGGCACCUGCUUAUUCUCUGCCUCUCCAUUGUUUUACUUUCCCAGUGCUGCUGCCCCUACGUCCUGCCCCCAUCCUGGCACUCAGGAUAAAUGGUUUCACCUGCUACUUACACAGUUCCGCUCCUGACAAGCACUUUGGUUAGCCACUGGCAUCAGGUUUGGAUACCAGUGUUUUAUAUUUAUACAUAGAGAGUCUUUUCUAAUAUAGCCUAUUAUAUAUAUAGAGAGAGAAAUAUA